CGGGCGCAUUCGUCCGAACGGAGUACCUCGAUGGCUUUGCAGUUUUACAAUCGCUGGCAAUUAUAUGACUGCACAGUAGGGAACUAUUCGAUCUUAUCUUGAAUUUGUGCUUUAUUGGAACUUCCCAUGUUUGUUUAUGCCGUCUCCAGAUUUGCCUGUUCCAGAAUUUAAACCGGCAUUUUCCAAUUUCCACGAUGCUCCCCGAGAACAGCGACGAGCUCCCAGAGAAGAUAAACAUCCUCACCCUGAACUGCUGGGGUCUUAAAUUUCUUUCCACAUACCGUCGCGAACGUCUUCUUGAGAUUGGGAAACGCAUAGCCCGCUCCGAUGAUCCGCCACACAUCGUUGGUCUACAAGAAUGCUGGACACAGGAGGACUACAGCAACAUCCGCAGAGAGACGCGGGAGAUCCUCCCAUACGGCAAGUUUUAUUUCAGCGGCAUAUUUGGCGGUGGUCUGGCUAUUCUCUCAAAAUGGCCCAUUGAAGAAAGUACCAUGUACGAAUAUCCGUUGAACGGUCGCCCUACUGCAUUCUUCCGGGGUGAUUGGUUUGUUGGCAAGGGGGUCGCAUGCGCUAGGAUCCGUAUUGGACCUUCGCCUACUGAUACUGCGGAAGUCUUCUGUACACAUCUUCAUGCGCCCUAUGAAAAGGAACCGCGAGAUUCCUAUCUCUGCCAUAGAACAGCGCAGGCGUGGGAAAUUGGCAAAUUAAUGAGGGCCGCUGCCGAAAGGGGGCAUCUGGUCAUCGGGCUAGGGGAUUUUAACAUGCUUCCACAAUCCUUUGCUCACCGACUCAUUACUUCGCAUGCACCAGUCAAGGAUGUAUGGAUCCAUCUACACCCGGACUCAUCUAUUGGCGCAGCGGUAGACGCCGUCGAAAUGGCCAGGAAGAAGCCGGUCCCAUCUGCUGAUUUCAAUAUCAUCGAAAACGGAGCUACGUGCGAUGGUAUUUUCAAUACGUGGCGCUGGAACAAAUCACAGCAAAAGAGGCUCAAGCGCGAAGGUCAUAUAGAAGUCGACGGCCAACUUCCUGACCCCCUCGGGAAACGUCUCGACUACAUAUUCAUCGGAGACGGCGCGUACAGCAACUUCUCCUCGCCUAGGAAAUGGACCAUUGUCUCCGCCCGUGUAUCCAUGAUGGAAAGACACCCAACCCUCCACUGCUCACUAAGCGACCAUUUCGGCGUAGAAGCCACAAUCACGCUAGAUGUAGCCAAAGACGACGAUAGCGAGGAAGACCUGUCUUCGUUCCUCCCCAUCCAAAAACACAUCGAGUCCAUCCGAUCCAGGUCCUCCGCGUGCAUAACCACACGCAUCACCGCAGAAAACGCCAGGGACCCAAACGCCAACCCGAAGUCGACCGCGAGUGCGGCCGUAGCCCACCAACAACAGCAGGUAACGCGCAUGGCAGGUAUGUACGACCAGAUCCUCCAUAUGAUAUCCGCCUACACCGGCCGAGAGCGAUUCCAGCGCCGUGCGCGCCUUGGCCACUUUAUUGUCUCCCUGGUCAUCACCAUCGCCUGCUUGGUUGGUGUAUGGUGGUCUCCGCACGCGUUUGUCUCGUUCAUUCUCUGCCUGGUUAGUUCCCUGAGCCUCGUCGCGGGGACCAUUGAUGGGUUGAUUGGCGGCUUGUUUGUGAGCAGUGAGUUACGGGCGCUUAAGGAGUUUGAGUGGGAGAUUCGGAAUGCGAGGAGGACUGUGUUGGGGUUGGGGUUGGAUAUUGAAGAGGAGCAUAGAUCGCCGAAACCGGUACAGAGAGGUUGGUGUCCCUGAGAGCUUUGGAAACGGAGCGGCGGAGGUUCUCUACUCCUUGUUUUCUUUCUUCGUCGUAUUUACCCUUUCUCAAAAACUUCUUUUUAAUAUUUUUGAUGGAUGAUAUUGAUCUAAUAUUUCCGUUUGAGUUUCAUGAGGAAUGUUGCCAUUACUUUUCGUAUAUGAUUAUAUGAUUAUGUGUUUUAUAUAUCAGAUUUCCUAAUUGCGGACGGAUGCAUUUCUAGUAUCCAACUGGACUGUGGGUGGGUGAUUAUGUGAGUCACGUUUUGUUUCUAGUUUUGGUCAUGUUUAUUUCCUAAGCCCCUCCCUAUAUACAAUUAACAAUUGGUGGGAAUACGAAAGGUGGGCACCUCUUGCGUUUAUCUAUUCUACAUUUAUUUUGUUAUGUGGGCAAUUUCGAUACUAUUGCAAGUUUUUGACUAUCAAUGUCCAAUGCACUCAUGUACAUACAUUAAUAUCACCUCCCUAAGGGGAGGGACGAAAUAUCUGCUUUAACGACAGUAAAGGGACUCUGUGCCGGCCCAUGAACAAGCAGACAAGCAUUUAAUACAUUUUUAUCCUCCCAUGACGUGUUCGCAUUAUUUUGGAAGACUCCUUCCGUUUCCACUUUCCCUUCGCCUCCAGCCCUUUUCAGGCUUUGAAGGUCAGAAAUCAAUACCCAUUCGGAUCAGCACACUCUCUCUUUCGCUCCUCGAAAACUUCCAGCGCAACCUCCGCUGCACGCACUCCACUGAGCAUCAUGGCCGAAAAGAUCGGGCCCAUACGGUGCCACCCGUCAACCUCA